AUGGUCGUCCUGACUCGUCAAAAAUGGUUCCCAAAACCAUUCACUUUAGACGUGGGAGGCACAACGUUGACGACAGCAAGGGCUCUGCCCGUACUGGUAAUAGCAGGAGCCACACCGAUUGAUUUGUUAGAAUUUGAAAGAGUGAAACUCUACGAUGCUAAAAGGAAUGGUGACAACUCCAAGGAGGCAAGAAGGAGGAUAAAGGCGGAAACGCUACAGGAGUGGCAAGAUCGGUGGACAUCGGGAGAGACGGGCAGAUGGACGGCACGGCUGAUACCGGACAUCAACGUCUGGCUCUCUCGGAAGCACGGAAAAACGGACUUUUUCCUGACACAGUACUUGACGGGCCACGGCCAGUUCAACGACUACCUCUUCAGGAUGAGACUACAUGACAAGCCAACGUGCAAAUAUUGCCUGGACAAAAUCGACGACGCCGAACACACGUUCUUCGAGUGUGCUCGGUGGAAGGACUACAGAAGCAGCGCCGAAAGAUAA